AUGAGCACUUUGAGAAAAAUCGCCCGACCUACGUCAUCAGCCGUUUGUUUUCCGCACUUCCGCGAACCGAAUGAGGCGCAGCGCGACUUGUCGAUAUACGCAACAAAGAUGGCGGCGAUAAAGCUGUCGCGGAUUCGAGCGGCGGUCGAAAUGUCGCCAGCUGUUAGCAACCCGUCCAACACUAAUCGCCGCGCUAUUCGUAUUACA